AUGUUCAGCAUGGACAGACCCUCAAGAAAGACUAAAAGUGUGAAUUACUGUGAGUCCAAGGGCUUUGAAGACGAUGAUGAGGAUUUUGCCUUUGCAAAAGGUCCUCCAAGUAAAAAGAAUAAAGAAGCAUUCAAACAACCCACAUGUGUGUCAAGUCAAGAGUCAAAGUCAAGAUCUCCAAGUCAGAAAAGCAGAAAACCUAUGAAUGUCAAGAUCCUUGAACGAGACCUAGAUGCUGCCAUUUCUCUUUCCUUGUUAAACCCAUUAUGUGAAGCAUCAGAUCUGUCAUCAGCACUACAAGACCCAUUCUUGAAUAUGGGUCUUUCAAAAGACCCAUAUGUCCAGACUCUUUCUGUAGAUGAGCACACAGAACCAUUGUCUCGUUCACUGCAUUUGUCCAACUGUAGUGUAGACACCAUGCGUUUAGGAUUGGAUCAAAUAAAAUCAGAACCCAACAAAUCCCAAAAAAUGAAAGAGGCUUCAGACUUAAAGAUAAUUAAAAAGAAAACAGAAGAUGAUGAUUACCAGCCUGGCAUUGUUUCAGAUUCAGGAAGUGACGAAGAUUACAGAGACCAUGACAGUGAAGAUGAAGAAUUUACUGUCAAAAAGGUGACCCAAACUAAAAAGGAGAAACAGACUAUAAAAGUCAAACAGCCGCCAUCUACUAAAAAGAAGACUAAAUCCACAGAUGUAAGGACUUCCCUGACCAACAACCCAUCUGGCCUUUCAAGAUCGACAUCUUUAAACGCUUCAAAACCUGCUACAUGCCUGAGUCCAGCCACAAACAGGACACAAAAGUGGACCCCACCAGGCCAAAUAGAUGACUUAAAGACGGCACUGACUGAUUACAUCGACUCCAUAAAUUACAUAAAUCCAGGGUUGAUAAAGAGAAUUUAUCACUCAAAACAGCUGGGUCUUACACAGGCAAGACUGUCUGGAUGGAAAGUUGCAGAGGGUGAUGUGGUGGCCAUUCUAGACGCUCAUAUUGAGGUCAACGUCCAAUGGGCAGAACCACUGUUGGCCCGCAUUAAAGAGGAUAGGACUGUGAUAUUGACCCCAGUGUUUGAUAAAGUCACGUUUGAUGACCUCACUGUAACUCCCUACAAACCAUCUGCACAUGCAUUUGACUGGGCACUCUGGUGCAUGUACGAAUCUUUCAGACCAGAGUGGUAUGCACAGAAAGACCAGUCGCUGCCAGGAAAGAGUCCUUCUGUCAUGGGAAUAUUCGUUGCUGAUCGCACAUUUUUACAGGAGAUUGGCUCACUUGAUGGUGGUAUGGAAAUUUACGGUGGAGAAAAUGUGGAGUUGGGCAUUCGGGUUUGGUUAUGUGGAGGGAGCAUUGAAGUUAUUCCAUGCUCUAAAAUUGCUCACAUUGAACGGGCAAAAAAACCUUAUACAACAAACUUGUCUGCAACAGUGAGGCGCAACGCCCUGAGAGUGGCAGAAGUGUGGAUGGAUGAGUACAAGUACAAUGUCAAUGUGGUAUGGGCUGUUCCUCUGGAGGUGAGGUAUGUUUAG